AUGGAAUCCACCUCGAGAAAAGCCAUGCAUGUUGUAGCAGCAAGGCCUUUGUUUUUAAGCAAAGACCUUGCAGAGAGUACGGCCAAGUCUCAGAUGGCUGUAGAGAAGAUGGUGGAAGGCCGUCUCCGUAAAUAUUAUGAGAAAGUUGCUCUAAUGGAGCAGAAGUUUGUAAAGAAUAAUGCUAUAAACAUUAAGGCCAUGAAUAUUGAAAUCUUCCAUGCUAUUCCACAGACAAUGGUGGAUAAUCUGUCCAAGGAAGUGGGUUCUCCAGUGAAGUUUGUCAAUUUUCUGAGAAUUGAGGUUGGAGAAGGAACAAAGUAA